GUGCUAUGUGUGGGAGGGCGCCCUCGCAAAUGUCAUGAAACCAUCCCUGACAGCCUUGCGACUGAACGGUGAAACUAUGAACUUCUGAGGUACGCAUGUUCUCAGUGCCGGAAUUUUUGUUGGCGUUCCAUAGAAUAAGAACUUUUGAAUUAGGGGAGCUCUAUUUCUGCGGCUAGAUAAUUUUUUGAAUCAACAUGUCGGACGAAGAAAGGCCGCCGGCCCCUCCUAUGCGUCUUACUUCCACGAAAGAUUCUUCCAUGUCGCCUGCUUCGAAGCCUUUGCCGAGUGCUCCUGUUGAUGAGAAGAAGAAGAAAGCAGCCACAUUUCGGUUCUUUAAGGGCGACGAGAAAUGUAAGCUGUGUAACUUAACUACUUUAAAAUCGAAAAAUGGUUUGACAGUUAAAGGAAAAUUUUGUUUUUGGCGUCGAUUCUUUAAUAUGAUAACAUAACUACUGAAUGUCUUAGAUUCGAAGAAAAAGCCAGAGAUCUCCUACCCGACUCAGUUCGAGCACACGAUUCACGUGGGUUUCGAUCCAGUGACGUCUGAAUUUACGGUAAGUUGCAAAUUUGAGAUUUAUUUUACCGAAUUUUACACGGUGUUGUGUUCAAACCGAAAUGAGUUUCGUUCGAAUUUGUCAGCUGCUUUCCUGAUGAAUAAAUCGUAGUGCUUUGAAGUGGUGUCGACUAAUUCAGACAUCACGAACCGUUUCAUGCCGUUGCUUGGAUUGAGCUGGUCGUUCGUCAACGGUGCUUUAGUCCUUGUUCUUUCCUAAUGUUUGCCUUUUAGCUUUAAAGAGAAAUUCGUUUCAGAGUAAGAGUUGCUUGUAUUGUCUUGAAAAUUUGAAGAACUUCGCCGGUCUUCCUGGUUCCGCUUAGACCAGGUCAUUCGACAGUUCUACUGCCUCAAGAACAGAAUUACUUUUUGCUGUACGUUGUCCAUUUACCGCAGUCUUACUGAGUUCAUUGUCUACACCGCUGAUACUUUCAUGUUGGUGUUUGAAGCCGUUCAUAGUAGGAGGCCAUAGUUAGCUGGGUAAGAAUAUUGAUCAGUGUAAAACCUCAGGUAUUUGAAUUCAUUGAUCAAGCUCUUUAGGAGUUUAUGAAACCAGAUGUUUGCUCGCUCUUGAAAGUUGCAAACAAACUCGUCUGCCAUUAAAUCGAUAGCAACUGUAGAGAGAAGGUUUAGUAUGAAAAUGAAAUGCAUAAUACAACAGCUUCUUCGCUGCGGUGUUCUGCUCUCUACGGAGUCAAAACGUUUCGUGCUAUACCGAAUCAUAAAGUGACAUGUUCUGCAAUGUACAUUGUGCAUUAUAUGGCGUGAUUUUGAAACAGGAACCCAUUCAAUUGUGAUCUUGUGUUCAGCUUCCAUAAAGUCGUAAAUAAAAGCCUUUUUAUCAUAUCGACGCUGCUAUCAUGCAAAAUUCCAAACUUGCCUUCAGAACAGGUGCAUAUACUUCCUUUCAAGAUUUGUUUGUGUUUAAAAAUCUUGUGAAAUCUUUAAAUUGCUACACUUAAGUAGAUCUGUGUUAUAAGAAUCCAGCCUUUCAGUCUUGCUUUAGACGUAUAGAAAUCGAUGCCCUUAAUUUCAAAUAUCAUGAUCUAAAUCUUGCAUUGAUAAUUUCUGUCUAGGCAGGUGGGAAAUUCUCACCCUUAUGAAAAAGUUGGAAUAGUAUAUUUCCAUUCUUCAUAAUUAAGUAUGUUGUAACUCAAGUGUGGUCUUGUGUUUUACUGAAAGUAAGCCAAAAUACUUUGGAUAUCACUGUUUAAAUGUCACUGACUUUGACAAGAAUCCUUUUAAAUUCUUAUGUGAAACUAUUGACUCAGGAAAAGGAAAGAAUAUCGAAGACAGCCUUGACAAUGGUUUGAUUUUUUGGAUAAACUUGUCUCUUAGUUCUUCAAACAAUAUUUUGAGAGAUGUGCCUGUGUAACUAGCUUGCAGUAUUUACUGUAUUUAACACAUUGUGGUUAGGAAAUCAAAGGAAUUCCUCAUUGUUGAACCUUAAAUUGUAAUUUAUCAUCACUGUUUGAUAAAGAACUUUACUGAACAUUGAUGUUGUGUCUUACCCAGUGCUACUUAUUUUCUGCACAGAAAUAUCAGUUUAUGUGAUAUAUGAUGUUCAAUAAAAUUGCAUUUCAAGGGAUGAUAUGUAAAACAAAAAACAUAUAUUAAUCACCUUUUGUCAUGGCAGUUUGCAAGCAGUUGAUGGUAUGCCUUUGUGUGCUUAUAAAUGAUAAUUAUGCCUGUUCCGUUUUUAAUCUUACGGCGUGACAAGUCUACAUCAUGAACUAGUCAUUUUGUUUUGUAACUAUAAAUAUUCUUUUUUACCUGAAAUUUGGCUCUCAUCCAAUCCUAAAAUUGGGUGAGAUAGGGUUGUAGGAGGUUUUCAUAAAUUUAUACUCAGAAUUUAAGAGACAAUUUCUCUGAUAAGAGUAGAUAAGAUUUGGCAGAAUGUGAGCUAAAUACUGCAGCUUGGUUUCAACCCAUACCAGCUAUAUAACGAGUUACUUUUAAAAUUUUUAUUGGAAUAUUAACAUCUUUAUACAGUAAAUAUGAAUUUGUAGAUGGUUAUUCAUACAAUUUAUUUAACAAGGUUUUUUUUCCUGCAGGAGUAGAGGAAUAGAUAUGUUAAUCAUAGUCUCACAAAAUCACUCAUUCAAAUUUAUUACGAGGAGAUAACCUCAGACACUUUUUUUUGAUUCGUUUACAUUUAGCUUGAUGUUGCAUGUAAAUAGAAUUUUCAUGAUUGAAUAGAUAUUGACAAUGUGGAUCUAUAUUGUCAUCAUCUUUUAAUGUUAGAAGGAUCCAUGGGAGAGUUGGUAGUAAAGUGUAUCUUCAUUUAAUAAAACCUCACACUGUCAUUACUAGUCACAAGGUAUUAACAUUAACCAAAAGAAUCACCAGGAAAGGAAGCAUUCAUUACCAUACUCCUCCAGACUGCUAACUCAUGUAUAUACCCAUUAUGGAUUGUGAUUGAUUGGAAGUGUAUUCCUCACCCAAAUGUGUGCAAAAUAGUCAUAGAUAGUUAUACAAGUUUCUAGGCUCUGACAAAAAGUUUGUUUCUCUGAUCUCAUUCUGUUAUUUUCUGUGACUUGAUUUGAUCACACUUUGACAAUACAGAAAAAUUUUGCUAGUAGUCAGUAUACAUCAUAUUGUGGUUUGUUUAGUGCAACAGUGUUAUCCUGCACUUAGUCAUUUUGUUUUUAUGGUGGAUCCUCAAAUUGGUUUGCAAGUCACGCCCUCUGUAUAGAAUGUGUAAUGCUUAAUGUGAAAAGAGUUGAAAUAAUUUACAAUUCAUUUUUGUGUAGAUUGUAAAGCCAGUUUGGUUUUAAACGAAGCAGAGAGAGCUGUCUGGUUUGAACAACUGUCUUUUAAUAUGUAAAUUAUUUGAGAUUUUCUUACCAUCCAUUGAUGAGUUAAUGUGUCUGUUUAUCAGGGAAUGCCUGAAGCAUGGGCGAGACUGCUUCACACUUCAAACAUCACUCAAGCUGAGCAGAAGAAGAAUCCUCAGGUUUGUAAUUUUUAAUUUGUAACAUGUGCAUCAUGCAAUAAGCAAUUAAUUGUUUCAAGAGAGUGCUCUUAGUGUAUGACAAGGGCCACUUAAUUAGACAAAGAGCUCUAAGGGGGGGUACUUAUCAAGGAUUUAAUUUUUUUUUGCCUUUAUUUUACAUUUCCACUUUCACCACCGCAAAUCAAAUACAUCUUAAAUGAGUUCAACCUUUUCUACUAACUGCUUGGAAUAAAAGUAGUCAUUUAGUGUUUGAGUAGUGCAAACACACUAUAGCUGUGGUACAGCAAAUAUCACAACUUCUUAUACACAGCUUGUAAUGUUGUUUUUAGUGGCUAUGACCACAUGCAACAGGAUACUAUGUUUUUUUUUUCUCUUUUUUUCCUGGUGGAGGAUGGGGUGAUAAGGGGUCAAAAUGGUGAGAUAUAAGACAGCUACAGGGACAAAAAUGAUAAAUAAGGAGGUUGUUAAUGUUGAUGUGUGGUGGAAAUUAUUUUUCACUGAUUGUAUGAAGGUUUUCACUUUUGUUUAACUGCAAGCCCUUGUAUUUAAUUGUAAAGUUUAGGAUGCAGAGGGAACUGAUGGUCAACAUGGGCAGAAUAGUUUUACCAGAGGCUGACAGUGAACUGCAAGAGCUACAUAACAUAAUGUUGACCUCUUAAAUUCUCCAAAAUAGUUCUGCAGUUGAUGCUCAAUGAGUGAUGUUACAUGUACAUGUAACUCAUAUUUCAAAAUGAAAUAGCUGAGAAGUUAGUAAAUAAGUUGAUGGUUAAGAGCAAUGGUGACUGCUCUUUUUUAAUGCUAACAAAUUAGAAUGCACAUUUGUAUUUCAACCUCCAGGUAAACAUUGUAUAUGUAUCUCAGGAUACUCAAACAAAAUGUUAGUGUCUAUAUAAUUAUCUUUUUAUGUUCAACCUCAAAUUCUUAUUUGUUUGGUGACUUCCAGGCUGUUCUUGAUGUCUUGAAUUUUUAUGAUGGGGGAAAGUAUCAAGCAGAAACAAAUGCUAAAUUUAUGACAGUGUCAAAGCCUUAUGGUAGGUAACAUCGAGUUCUGGAUGCCUAAUUGUAGUUGUGAAGGUGAUAAUUGUUCCCCUGUAUGAGCAGCCUGUUUGCUGUUCUUUUUGAUACAUUAAUAGUUGCAAUCUAGUUCAGAGGCAGUGUAACAGCAUGCUUGGAUCAGGGUGAGUUGAAAGGGAUGAUUCAUCAGUUCCAACAGAGCACCAAUUUUUAGUGAUGAGGAAUCUGUAGUUCAGGUUUGCAUCAUGAUCUGUAUGCACACUUAAUUGAAAAGGUUUUGUGCAGUUAUGGCCAGCAAAUUAUAACAAAUGCAGCACACCCUUUUGAGUUAAAGAUAAGUAAGGCUUUUAUCUGGCAAGUGCUCAUUGGGUAAUAGGCUUAGGGGAGGUACUUGCCCAGCAAGGGAACUUCUCUCUCUGGAUUACUGGCCAGUGUUUUUUUCAAAUUGUACAGAGUUAUAGAAAGUCAGAAAUUGCAGAGUGAGAUGUACUUGUACUGUUUAGUUGUUUGACUGAAUUUUAAAUCUUGAAAUAGAAACAUUAUUAAACCGGUGUUAUUAUUAUUACCAUGUCAUGACACAACAAUGUGAAACUGAAGUCAUUGAAAAAGGUUAAUGUGGAUCAUAAAGUUGCAUGGGCAAAGUAUCAUAAAGGCAACUGAGCUUUUACAUGGCUAAACAUAAUUUGGAAUGGUCCCCUCCAGUUUGUUUCCUCUUUUUUGUCUGAAAUAUUGUUCAACUUGACAGAAGCAAAAUAAAUUAAAAUAAAUUCGCAGCUUCUUAAUUUUCAGAUCUUUCUUAAGAUUAAACACUGACCAAAAGAUAAAUACAAUUACAAGAAGUGAAAGAUCACCUGUAAUGUUUGGUUGAUAUGUGUAUUCUAUUGUAGCAACUUCUAGUGAGGGAUUAGAUCUCAGUUCAUCAAAUGAUACUGUGCCGCCCUUACGUCACAUGUCAGCCUCAGCAUCCAGUAGCCCACGGCACACGUCAUCUGCCCUAGAAGACCCUACAGAUUUGAAAAUAACUUGUUCACCAUUUAGUUGUACUUCUUCUAAAAGCAAACGUUCGUCUAGAAGCAGCUUGAAAUUAAUAAUUAGAAGGAAUUCAAAGAAACGCAGGAAAUCGUUACCAUCUCCUGGUUCAACAUGUGAUGAGACAAGAAGAAGAGUCAAUAAAGAGGAGCGAAAGUUGUCGUCUCCUUCUCCAACGCGAGCUCUUCUUACUUCUCAAUCAGAUACUUCAGGUUCGCUUACAGGCUCAUCACCAGGCUCCUUAGCCGAUGAACUUGAGAAAUUGACCAUGAACUCACACUUAUCUUCCACUAAUAAAUAUUCACAACGCAUCUCCUCUGAUUCUCAAGGUAUUUCUCUCUAGUUCUAAUGUAACUAUUGUUACCAAUGAAGUAAUUCCUUAAAAUUUUUUAACCCAAAUUUAAAGCUUUCCCUAAUCAUCAUCCACAAGUGAACAAGAUUAGUUAUGAUAACGCUCCUUCCUGUGUCAGUGGCUUCUACUGUGAGGUGAAAUAAUAAGAUCUUACUAAUGAGUUUGUGCCAAGUUCAGGGUAACAAGCUGGUUGUAGGGACAAGAAGGCAGAUGCGUGGGCUACUGGAUUCUUGCAUCAUCAGCAUCAUAACCAUUCAUCAAUUCAGCUCAUCGCUUUCUUGUGCAUGUGUUAUCAUCAGCUUUUUGUCUGAUUUCAUAAGAGAAAUUGCAAGUCAAAUUGUUUUUGUUGCAUGUUUAUCACUUUUUAAACCGGGUGAAAUGUGUGCAUGCCAGGAUUUUUUUAGAAAUGGUGUUGAAACUGGUAAGAAUUCCAAGUUAGCAUCUGACUUCUUUUUGAAAUAAACAAAAUAAAUGAUAAACAUUUAACCUUGAAAGUUGCUCUGUGUGGUAAAUGCCUUAAAAAAACUAAAUAUAGAGUUUCCACAUGUCUUAAUGUACAGGCAAUUUUCUCAGGGGUUUAAAUUUGCAGACCAAAUUGACUCCUGAAAAAGUUAAUAUUUAAACAAUUUUUAAUGUUAAGAUGGUAAUGAUGACAUCAAAUGUUAAAGUUUCCUUUCUUGAAAAGUUUCCUCUGAAUUGUUCUACAAACACAAAAGGGGGUUAGUUUUACUUUUAAAUUUGUAACAUAAAAGAUUAAGCUAAAAUUUACUUUAAAUUCUGAUUUCAAGUAGAUGGUGAACUUGAAACCAAUGUAUAUCAACUUUUAAGUUCCUAAAUUUAAAAAAGAAAUGUGCAGAUCUUCUUAAGGUGAUGAGUAUUACAAUAGUUAUUUUCAAGCUAUUUGGUUUUCCAGUCAUCCAAGGUAAUUGUUUGCAAGGACAUAAACAUUUUCCUUUUUGUAGCCAUCUUUUUUUUAAUGUGUCUUCCUCAUUGUUCUUAGUGGAAUCUGUGCAAGCAGGGGAAACAUACAAUAGUUAAUGAUAUCAGUUCUUUGCUGGGCUACAUUAUCAGUUUGAUUCCAGAAUUAAAGAUUACAAAAACCAGAUAUCUACAAACACUUUAAAACUAUUUUGCAAUUUCACUACUUGGUAUUUUAGGUUUGAUUUUGCUGUUAUGGUGAAGGCAUAGUCAUCAUAAAAAAAUUGGCCUGCUUAGUGCACCAUGUAGGCACCCAAGGAGUGAAUUAAAGAGGAGUCUUCUGUUGGAAAAUAAGAGUCAUGAAAGAAUUGGAAGUUGUGUGUUGUUGAGUACAUCUUUUAAAGAAGAGCAUUUUGGAUGUGACUGCAGUUAGGCCGGAUGAGAUGUAGUUCAGUUGGCCACUCAAAAAUUUCAAAGCCAGAGUUAUACUUAAGACUUCUGAGACACAAAUCCAGUCAAGUGGCUAAGUAAGCUGUUCAUAUAAAGGAUCUGACUCUUGAACAGUCCAAUGGCCUUCAUCACAUAACCACACAACCUCAAACUAUAUAUAAUUUGAUCAUGAUGGAUAAUUUUGUGCCAGAUGGUCUAGGCUGAGUUAACAUGAUUCUUUCUUGUUCCUCAUGCAGGUCAAACAGCGACACGCCCUGAGAUUGGUGACCACACUUAUGCUCCACCCCUCCCUCCACAUGCCACGCCAACACAUGUAUUGGCAGCAGAGAAUCAUAGUGAGCGACCAAAUAAUUCUGAACCAGAAGUGCCACCAGCAAUUCCAUCAAGGCCAGAACACACCAAGUCUAAGGUAUGGAUCUUAACACUUUCAUCCUUAAGAGUGACUGGCAUCUAAUUUCUCAUCACAAUAUCAUCCCUGAAUCAAACAUUAGGGUAACAAAAAUGAAGGAAAUUAUUGUCAAUUAAAGAAGCACUUGAUUGUGCAACAAAUUCUCAUUGUCAGCUUCUUGGGAAAUGUAUGGAGAACAGUAGAGAGAAAAUACAUAUUGAUGUUAGUGUGUGAAGAGUUAGCACUAAGAACUGAUACUAAGAAGUGAUACAUGUGGUUAGUAAUACAGUAUUUUAUAUAAUUAUGAGUCAGGACAAAAAUAGAAAAAGAAACACACAAAUGUGGCAUUCUAGACUAUAACAGUCCUGUCUUUGUCCACCCAUUGUAACAGAGGACCAUCAUGGCAAUUAAGGUUGAGUUUGGUACUUUUGAAAUUGUGGAAUUGAUGUUGAACAAGCCUUCUUAGAGAGUAUUAAUGCCUGUUAGCUACAUGUAACAAAAGCAAAUACUUUUGCUUUUGAAAGACACCUGCUCUUGUCACAUUUCUCCUUGUGGAGUUUAAAAUACAGCCAGGGUAAUACAAUGAGUUUCUUGCAUGGCUUUUGAAUUUUAGUGAUGUUGCAUGAGAACAAAUGAUUCCAGCUGCUCUUUAAUGAAUAGGAAUUUCUAGUGCUUGGCACACAAGGCAGUGCUUUCAAGGUUGUGUUACAAGUCUUUUUUUAACAUAAUCUGUCUCACUAAACAGGAAAUUGUAAUGGAACAUUGUGCAUUUUUUAGAGAUGCAUUUGUAAACAAAUAAUCUUAUUAAGACCAUAACUGCAUGUACUUUAUUGUACGGCUAUGAAAACAAAGCAAUUUUCUAAUUUUAAUUUGUAAUUUUUUCAUGUUUUAGUACAUUCCUAAUGAAGUUUCUACAAAGCCAGCAGCUAAAGAAGAGGAAACUCCAAAAGGUUUCAGAUUUUAUUUUGAUUUUGAUAAAUGACAAACUCUUGAAUUUGAUAAUUUAACAGAAGAGGGUACCAUUUUUUAGACUGAUUAGUCAGUGCAGUUUGCAAAUGUUCCACUGUUUUUCUGCAUUUUAAACUCUUAGUUAUAGUCUGCCAACAGCUUAAUUGGCUUGAAAAACUUCCAAGAAGAAGAUAUUUGAAUAACUUAAUUUUUUUUUUUUUUUUUUUUUUUUUCCUUCCAGGGCCCACAAAUGAUCAACCAAGAGCUCAAACGAGAGACAGGAAGAAGAAAAAGAUGUCUGAUGAGGAGAUCCAUGCUAGACUACGUAAGUUUCUCAAGAUGUUCCAAUGAAGUUUGCUUAGGUGUAUCAUAGGAAGACUUUUAGAGUCAACAAGAGUUACAAUGUAAAAUAUGAAUGCAAAAUGUGCAUUGCAGGCUCCAACUUCUUUGUACUCUUAAAGCGUAAAUGUUGCAUUAUUAUUAUUUUAUUGAUAGUAUAUGUAGUCAAAUCUAUCUUUAAUGAAAAAUGAAUCAACUGGUAACAUUUUAAUACAGGAUGACAUGUACAAGUAAUUGUAACAGAGACCUUAGUGGGUAUGUAUAUCUCUGUUAUCUGACAUCAUUCAUAACAACUUACAGGUACCAUAGUUAGUGUUGGGGAUCCAAAAAGGAAAUAUACAAAGUUUGAAAAGAUUGGGCAGGGGUAAGUAUACUUCUUUCUUUGUAGGUGGCAUUUUGAACUGUAAGAAGUGCUUAAUUUUAAAUUUUCUUGUAGAGAUGGAUGCAUCAAUGUUAUUUUAUUACCUAGUUAAUGAUUUGCUUUUAGGAAAUAUUUUUGUAUGAGAUCUCCUCUGUAUUUUUAGGGAAUUUGUAGGGUAUAUAGAUUUAACCAGUUUUCAUCAAAUUUUGCCAAAAUAUUUCAGGAAUAAUGGCAAACAAAAGGGUGUUGGGAAAUUUUGAUAUUUGAAAUAUUUGUCCAGUGGCAUCCAGUUACGCAACAGGCCUUACAUAUUUUUAGCUACUCCAACUUAAGAUGCUGUCUAAACAACCAAUCAGAACAUCAAAAGAGCCUGACACACUUUCAUUGAUUGAUGUCUUGUGAAUAAGACUGUACAGACAAUUCGCUCUUGCUGUGGCAUUCGAUAGCCAAUAAAUUCAAUAGCAGAACCUUCAGUUGUUCCAUGCCUUACCGGCUCCUAACACUUCCUUUAAAGAAGAGUCCCUUCAAUUAUAUUUUUUUUGUAAUCUGCUGUUAUUGAGCUUUCUUCUGAGUAUACCGUAUUUACCCGUGUAUAAUGCGCGCCCGUGUAUAAUACGCACCCUAAUUUUUUACCUCUUUUUUCCGAAAAAAAAGAUUUCAUGACAAAUACCAAGAAUUAAAACUUCCAUUUUUUCACUUAAUUAACAAGAGCUGGGAAUUCAUCAAUAAUAUGUUUACAACAAUUUCUAACUAGUUGCUACUACAAAUAUCGCACGCACCAAGCACCUAUUUACAAGCUUUUUUAUUCAGUAACAGUCAAACGUUUUAUAAAUGUUGUAACUUGAAGUCCUUAUUAAUAUACCUAAAUUCACAACUUGAAUUAUUAUCAUAACAGCCGUUCAUAAACAUUAUUUCUACUCACAGUACUGCUGGUAGCUUGAAUAUAAUUACUGCAUUGCAAUUAUGUGAUUUAAGUAAAAUGUUCAGUGUCUUUAAACAACGAAACCUUCAAAUUCCGACUCACAGUCCGAUUCGAAUAGGUUUCAUGACUGAAUCCUCAAGUUCAUCAGUGAUCUCAGUUGAAUUGUAAACCAAUUCAUCUUGUGAUCCAUUCAAUUGUUUGUGCACCCACACUUCAGAGAGAGGCAGCGAUCAUUUCUGAUGGAAUGCCUUCCCACGCUUGUGAAAUAUACGAACAGAUCAGUUCCUCCGAAGCCUUUUUUUUUGUCGUCCAGUAAGUUCGUGAAUUCCAUCAGCCAUCCACUCCUUUCGGACUCCAUCUCUAAAUGGUUUGUUCAAAGAUACAUCGAAAUGGCUGGAGAAGGGAAGUUUGCGUUUGAAGGAAGUGUUCACAGUAUCUGUCACGUGAGCCUCAAAUGAGUCGUAAAUAAGCAAGCUCUUUCUCCUCCCCAGGCCACCGAUCCGUGCACUUUUACUUUCUUUGUUGCGUUUUUAACGUAUGCAAAUUAGGACGUGCUUGACAAACAAUAGAAUCCAUGUAUAAUACGCACCGCGAUUUUGAUGCUUGUUUUUAUGGAAAAAAAGUGCGCAUUAUACACGGGUAAAUACGGUAGUUUGCUAGGAUUUAAGUAAAACUAGGGCACAUUUUUUUCCUCAAAGUGCACCCACAAAGGUGGGAAGUAACCUUAAGUUGCUUCAGGGUGGUAGGUGCAGUUUUGAUUGUAGACCAAGCAACUUGAUUUGACUUUUUCUUGCAGGGCAUCAGGUACAGUGUACACAGCAAUUGAAGUGGCUACAGGACAUGAGGUAUAAUGAAACACCCAAGAUAGUUAACUCUAGUACUUAACGUUUAAUCUUUAUCUGUGACUCUACACAGAAAUCAGAAAGUUAUAUAGAAUCUUUGUUUUAACCUCAGUCAUAAUUUUAUUUAGGUGGCUAUUAAACAAAUGAACUUGUCCCAGCAACCAAAGAAGGUAAAUACUAUUGUUUUUUUUAUAUAAACACUAAUAAAACAUCAAGUGAGCUUUCAUGCAGAAAACAUUAUACCUUCUGAUGUGAAGGUAAUAUGUUAUCUUCGCACAGAAAAGAUUACUGUUGUUAUGGUUAGAAAUAAAAAUCACACCUAACUGAAUAAUUCUAAAGACCAUUAUUUUUUUUUAUUAAAGCCCUUUACUACACUACAGUAUGAUUUUGUAUUUCAUUCACACUUUACAGGCUUCAUACUCCUUCCAUUUUUUAGUUGUGACAUGUUCUGCUAAUUAAAAUGAAACGAUUUAGUAUUUCAUUAGUGUCUAUAUAAUAAUUAAAAAAAAACAAUACAUGGUUACUUAGAGAUACAAAAUUUCUCUUCUCGUGUUGAAAAACAUUUCACUUUAUUGUUUUGCUCACUCUUGAAAUAUUUUUCAACAUUCAAAGAGAAAUUUCGAUAUCUCCCUCCAUGUUAUAUCCACUAUAUAAUAUGCAUCUCAUUUAAGAAAGGAGGUAAGCUGUAUCUUGGGUGGGGGUUAUGGUUGGUUGCUUUGUUUAGUUGGCUUGCUGUUAUCAUUCUUGUUUGUUGUAUUUGUGUACGAUCCGGAAAUUGAAUGUGUCAUUAUUGAAUGAUGAUUUGUUCUUGUUAUGAUUGCAGGAGUUAAUUAUCAAUGAAAUUCUUGUGAUGAGGGAGAACAAGCAUCCAAACAUUGUGAACUAUGUGGAUAGUUAUCUUGUAGGAGAAGAAUUAUGGGUGAGUUGUAAAGAUAUGAAAAACUGCUACAUUCAGGUUGCUGAUUUUCUGCUGAAAAUUGGAUGUCUCUUGAUAGAGAAUGAUGGUUUCCAUUAUCAUUUUUAAUUGCAAUGAUAAGAACCUUACAUAGUCAAAAUAAUCUUUGUAUUAGAGAGCUGAGUAAAAUUAGCAUCCCAAUAUUGACUAUGGCUGAAACUUUUAACACUGAAUACCAUAAAUUGUAAGUGAAACAUGUUCACUAAACUUAAUUUAUUGAUUUCCUUUCUGUUAGGUUGUAAUGGAGUAUUUAGCAGGAGGCUCUUUAACUGAUGUUGUCACAGAAACAUGUAUGGAUGAAGGACAAAUUGCUUCUGUUUCAAGAGAGGUAACUACUUCUGUUGUGUUUUGUGUUCUUUUGUAGUGCCUGCCAGGAUAUCUAUACUAAUUUCUGUAAUCUGAAAUAUGCAUGCAUUUUGUUUGGCACUUACUUAUCAUCUACAUCUAUUGGAGAACAGAUACAUAGAUGUUACCAAUAGCAAUUUUGUGCUUCUUUACUACAUGAAACAAAUAGAUUUUAUGUUGCCCUGUGUCUGCUCAGUAGUAGAUUACAGAAGACACAAGUAUUUGUUGAGAACAUCAGUGACACACUCAGCUGUGCCUUGUGUGCCACUUUUUUGUUCUUACCACCAUCUGGCAUCAUUUGUAGUCUGUUACUAAACACAUGGCAGUAUGAAAUAUAUUUGUUAAUAAGUUAAAUUUUGUACUCAUUCCUCUGAAUCAAACUUAUCUGCAGUGCCUCCAGGCCCUUGAGUUCCUGCACAGCAAUGGAGUCAUUCAUAGGGACAUUAAGAGUGAUAACAUUCUCCUUGGAAUGGAUGGGCAAGUCAAGCUGAGUAAGGAUUUUUGAAACAAACUCUUGUGUCUCAAGUUAUUUUCAUGGAUGUUCAUGUAUGUCAUGCUGACAAAAUUUUUCUGUAUUUUGUUUUUAGCUGAUUUUGGUUUCUGUGCUCAAAUAACUCCGGAGCAGUCCAAACGUUCCACAAUGGUAGGAACACCUUACUGGAUGGCACCUGAAGUAGUCACAAGGAAACAGUAUGGUCCAAAGGUAAAUCCUUACCCUCAACUUCUAGUUUAGUUUAUAGAAAUACAGGAGAAAAGAUUGUUUCAUCUUAAAUGCCACAAAUUCUUACCACAAAAGCUAUACAAAAUAACAGGGUCAACUUUGGAUGGUUAUUGGGUGUGUUUUGUAUGAUUAUUUGACAAGCAAGAUAACAUCUUUAUGGGACAUUUUAACAAUCUUGGCAUACAUUACCAAGUUCAUACACCAGCAAAACUUGUGUAGUCUAAUCAGCAAUGUAAAACAACAAAAAAGUUUUUUUCUUGUGGUUUUAAGUAACCACAAACUUGUUUUUUUGUUGAGCUAUAAUUGAGGUUGAAAAAAAUUAGUAUGAGCAACUUUUCAAAAGAUAACAGCAGUUUCCAAGAAGUUUGUCACUGCGGACCUAAUUAAACAGAUUAGCUUGCCAUAAGUGUCCUUGUAGCUCAGUGUUAAAGCAUGCUAUAUCAUAGGUUGGACUUUUGUUGGGAGUACUUGGAAGUUUUUUUUUUUUUAAUUCUCCUGGUAGGCCUUGUAUUCACUGAAUUACAUCUUCCUCCAAUUAGAAACUGUGUCAAACAAAACACCUUGAAAACCCGUUUUAGCUUUGGUGUGAGUGGGGUAUUAGGUCAUGUCUGCAGUGAAAUUCAGCUUGGAACAUGUAGUGCAAUGACUUAAAUUUUUCUUAUAUGCUGUCAACAGUCCAUUGAGAUGUGUUGUGAGGUAAUGUUUUCAUGGUUAUCAUAGGUGGAUAUAUGGAGUUUAGGAAUUAUGGCAAUUGAAAUGGUUGAAGGUGAACCGCCAUAUUUGAAUGAAAAUCCUCUCAGGGUAAGUACAUGUGUAUCUCUAGUUCCCAGUUGAAAGUGAAUGCAAAGUUUUGCAAUCCAUUGAUGACUGGGGCUCACUUUUUAGGGCUCCACCUCUCAUGCUGUUGGGCAGUGAGAUCCUUCUCUCACACUUAAGAAUAUAACCACUGGGCACUAAUUCCUUGAACUGCACCAGAGUAAUGAACUUAUGAAAACUAUAGUUUACAGGAAGCAGUGGUGACUUGAGCAAUUUUCAAGUAGUGGUAAUCAUGACAAGAGGGUUUUUAGAAAGGUUCUGCAAGGUUCCUAGAUAAACCAUCCCACAUGAUUGACAUUACCUCAUACCUCAUAUUAUUUUUGUAGGCUUUGUAUUUGAUAGCUACAAAUGGCACUCCAGAGCUAGCGCAUCCUGAUAAAUUAUCUCCAGUUUUUAAGGAUUUCCUUGCACAGUCACUGGAAAUGGAUGUAGAUAAAAGAACUGGUGCUAGGGAGCUUCUCCAGGUAGAGUGCACAAUGUACAUUCUGUCUAGCUUGAACAUUUUACAGUUCUGUCUGUCUGUCUCUCUCUCUGUAUGUUUGUCUAUCUAUCUGGCUGUGUAUGUCUGUCUGUCUGUAUCUGUCUCUGUCUUUAUGUAUGUUUGUCUAUCUGUAUCUGUCUUUGUCUAUCUGUCUGCUUGUCUGUAUCUGUCUGGCCGUGUAUGUGUGUUGUCUUUUGGUCGGUGUCUGUAUGUCCAUCUGUCUGUCUGUCUGUGGUCUGUCUUCCUAUCCUUUAGCAUCUGUUAUGUUAUCCUGUUUGUCAGUUGGUUCAUCCUUCUUUAUUCUGUUAGAUAUCUGUCAGUUUGUUUGCCUGUCCGCUUUCCUGUCUGUCUAAUUGUGGGCAUCCAUUUUGGCUUAAACCACUCUUCUAUUUGUCACUCUGAAUGGACCUUUUAGCUUGUAUGUAUUGUUUACUCCUAACAGGUCAUGUAAUAGUACUCUAGAGAACUGUUUUCUUCCAAUUUCCUCUUAUUCACGUGCUCCAAUAUGUACGCAUAAUUUACAAAAAAAAAUAAAACUGGGAAUUCCCUGGAGACUAGGUGUGGGUAAACAAAACUUACCAGCUAAAGAGGUCUAUGAGUCAAUCAUUUACAUUAUUUUUAUUUGAAUCCAUUUCAGCACCCAUUUUUAAAGCAAGCCAAGCCGUUGGCAAGCUUGGUUCCUCUAAUUCUGGCAUCGAAAGAAGCCAGCUCAAGAAACUCAUAAAUGAAACUGUCAAUCAACAAUUAUCCAGCUUAGAUAAUAAAGCGGACAGAAAUUCUUUAGAGUUUAUUUUUUACACAAAAUUUUAUUUUUUAUUGGUUAAUUUCAGUGGCGAGACUUGUAGGUUUUUCAUUUGUUGUGUCUUUAAUGUGUACAGUAACAAAAAAAUUGCGUUUUAG